GUUCGUUCUUGGGUAACACACAGGUGAGAUACAUUUUGUUUUUAACUCUGGAGAAUCCGUUUCGGAUACCCAGUCGUGGGGGGUAACAGACCGGGUUAUGUCAGACUUCGGUUCCUCCAAGGAAGAGGGAGACCGAGGUCCUCCUCUUCUUCUAAUUCCUGUCGAGAGUCUACGUCUUGAGAUAUCUACCUACCACACAAAAACGUUUUCUUCUAUUUAGCGUUUGUUAAAUUGACUCGACGCUCCAAAGAUGAAGCCCGCUAUAGUUAUUCUAUGUCUUUUCGUGGCAUCUCUGUAUGCUGCAGAUUCCGACGUCCCUAACGACAUUCUGGAGGAGCAGCUUUACAAUAGCGUCGUCGUCGCCGAUUACGACAGUGCGGUUGAAAAGAGCAAGCAUUUAUACGAGGAGAAGAAGAGCGAAGUCAUCACAAAUGUCGUGAACAAACUGAUACGAAACAACAAGAUGAACUGCAUGGAGUACGCCUAUCAACUUUGGCUCCAGGGCUCCAAGGACAUCGUCCGGGAUUGUUUCCCAGUUGAGUUCAGACUUAUCUUCGCCGAAAACGCGAUUAAGCUUAUGUACAAGCGCGACGGUCUCGCUUUGACGCUGAGCAAUGAUGUUCAAGGCGACGAUGGCAGACCUGCCUACGGCGACGGCAAGGACAAGACAAGCCCGAGAGUCAGCUGGAAGUUAAUCGCUCUGUGGGAGAACAACAAGGUCUACUUCAAGAUCUUGAACACUGAACGUAACCAAUACUUGGUAUUGGGAGUCGGCACUAACUGGAACGGCGACCAUAUGGCCUUCGGAGUCAACAGCGUCGAUAGUUUCAGAGCCCAGUGGUACCUGCAGCCUGCUAAGUACGACAAUGACGUCUUGUUCUACAUCUACAACCGUGAAUACAGCAAGGCUUUGACACUGUCGAGGACGGUUGAGCCCUCGGGUCACCGCAUGGCCUGGGGAUACAACGGCAGAGUAAUCGGAAGUCCCGAACAUUACGCUUGGGGUAUAAAGGCUUUCUAAGUUAUAAUAUAAAGUUUCGACCACGAACCAAUGAGAAUGAGCAGCAAUAAAUGAAUUUAUAAAAAAAAUA